CACAAUUCCAUCUUAUUUAGAGCUCUCCUUUCUCCAUGGCUACUAAAUCAAAUCACUUCUUCUUUGCAUUUCUCAUCUUCGGGCUGCUUGUAACUAUCUCUCUCGAUUUCACAGCUGCCGAGAUCGGAGUUUGCUACGGAAGAAACGGCAACAACCUCCUCUCCCCGGCUCAAGUGGUGGACCUCUACAAGCGCCACAGCAUCAAAAGAAUGCGUACCUACGAUCCGGACAACGCCAUCCUCGACGCCCUCCGCGGCUCGGGCAUCGAGCUCAACGUCGCCAUCACCAACCAAUACAUUGAGCGCCUCGCCAACGACGCCAACAGCGCCAACGACUGGGUCCGCGACCACGUCAUCAACUACCCCGACGUCAACCUCAAGUACAUCUCCGUCGGCAACGAGGUCAGCCCCGCCGACAGCGCCACGUCCCGCUACGCGCGCUUCGUCCUCCCCGCGAUGCGCAAUGUCUACAACGCCAUCUGCCGCGCCGGGCGCGCCGGCCAGGUCAAGGUCACCACCACCGUCGGCAUGAGCACCCUCGGCAACUCGUUCCCGCCAUCGGACGGCGCGUUCCGCGACGACGUGGCGCCGUACUUGAGGCCGAUUUUGUCGUUCAUUGUGAGCACCGGCGCGCCUUUCAUGGCGAAUGUGUAUCCUUACUUCUCAUACAUCUACAACAAGGGGCAAAUCGACAUCGGAUACGCGCUAUUAGAGCAGGGCCAUGGGAUUCAGGUGAACGGAGAAUAUUACGACAAUCUAUUCUAUGCAAUGGUCGAUGCUGUCUAUGCAGCGGUUGAGAGGCUAGUCGAACCGUCCUUGAAGACGACUAGUGGCAUGUAUAACCAUACAUCUGAGAAAAAGGCGGGGCGCAAGGGCAGCCAAAGAAGGCCGAAAAUAGUGGUGACAGAGACCGGCCAUCCGUCACGCGGUGGCGAUUCUGCAAACAUGUAUAAUGCGAAAACUUAUAACGAGAAUUUGAUUGAUAUUGUGGAUGAUGGGACGCCGAGACAUCCUGAGCCUAUUGAGACGUACAUAUUUGCUCUGUUUGAUGAAAAUGAAAAGCCCGGCGCCGAGACGGAGAGGAAUUUCGGGCUUUUUUAUCCAAACGGGCAGCCCAAAUACAACUUAAAUUUCAACUAGUUUUUGUUUUAAGAUGCACAUGUGCAUGAUAUGGAGACUCUGUCCUACUAUCUAUGUGUUCAAUCCAAUAAGGUAGCUAGACAGCUUAAAGUAAGUGGGCUGUUGUAACAGUAUGUAAUAUAUGAUCUAAAUAAAUGAAUGUUAAUUGAUGUUAUUACGCUUAA